AUGCUCACCCGUAAACCCUACGAUGAUGUUGCUUGGGCAAUAAGCACCCAGAUCUGGGAGGACUGGCCUGAACUGCUUCGCACCGACGAUGACGUCUACAACGACAUUGGUGUCAUUCUCUCUGAGCAAUUCAGCGACCUUGAAUGGACUGUUUUCGAAUUCCUGAACACAGGCGGUUUCAAUACCUGCUUCAAGAUGGAGUUCACGAACAACUACGGCGCUGUUAUCCGGUUCCCAGUGCCCGGCGCUGUCAUGCUUCCGGAAGAGAAAGUUCUCAAUGAAGUCUGGGUCAUGCAAUAUGUCUCGGAGAAAACUUCAGACAAGAUCCCAAUCCCCAUGCCUUCGGUGGUUCGUUGGACGGAGACGAAAGAGAGUCCCUCAGACUUGGGUCCCUUCAUUAUUAUGGACUAUGUCAACCACACUGGAAGUAUGGGUGAUUUGCUUGAGAGUCCUGUGCGCGAAAUAGGAGAACCUCCAGUACUCAACCCGGAGCUGAAACCGGCUAGGCUGCAAGCGCUCUACGGAGAACUAGCGAAGAUUGUGCUUUCGUUAUCGACACUCUCCUUUAAUCGGAUCGGAUCCAUUGCUAAGAAUGGCGAUUUUACGUGGGAUGUGCUGCAUCGACCUCUGUCCUACUCCAUGAACGAAAUCGUGCAACUGGGGACCCUACCCCGAUCGCAACUCCCGACAACAACGUACGAAAAAGCAUCCUCGUACUUUGAGGCUCUUGCAGAAUUGCACCUUCAACACCUCAUCAGUCAGAGAAACGAGGCGGAUAUCUCGCCGGAUGUCGACGUAGAUGCUCUAGCGGAUACCUUCCGGCGCAAGUUCGUGGCGAGAUUUCUCUUCCGGAAACUCGUUCGGGACAAGGAGUCCAGAAAGCAAUUCAUCUUCCAUGAUGACGGUCCCUUUCCUAUCUGGUGUGACGACUUCCGACCCAAAAAUGUUCUAGUCGAUGAAAAUCAAUGUAUCACUGGAGUCGUGGAUUGGGAGUUUACAUAUACCGCUCCGGUCGAAUUUUCGCAUGCCCCGCCUUGGUGGCUUCUUCUUAGGAAGCCGGAGGAUUGGCCGAACGGACUUGAUGACUGGUGUGUUGAGUAUGGGAAAGCGCUGGAAACCUUUCUGGUGGCGAUGGCAAAAUGCGAAGACGAGGCGAUCCAGAAGGGGCUGCUAGUUGAAGGACAGCGGCUUUCUGGUCGGAUGCGAGACAGUUGGCGAAGUGGUGACUUUUGGAUCAUGUAUGCUGCGAGGAAUAAUUUUGCUUUUGACGCGAUAUAUUGGGAGAAGGUUGACGGGCGGUUCUUUGGCUCGACUAUAUGUGAAGAUGGUGAUGUUUGUGAUAUUUGGCGGAAGAGACUUCAUCUUUUGCAACCUGGAGAGAGGAGGCUCAUGGAGGAGUAUGUGGAUCUGAAACUUAAGGAUAGGAAUACAUGGCGUCUCGUUUGGGAUGCAGAUGAGUCUACCGUGGAGUGGAUCGAAAGAUUGAGGAAGAAGAAGGAGAGGGAAGAGAGAGAGGAGAAACCGCUCGAAGAGGAUCAAAUGUGA